AUGAAACGUGUUGCCGAAUCAGAUCUUUUCGGGCCUUUGUAUGAAGGAAUCAGCUUGAAGAAGCCUUCAAAUGCCAUGUUAAAGCCAGAAGAGCCCGAGACGGCAAGUAAGUGAAAACAUGUUUUGUUUUAUUAAAUCUUCAGCGAGCAAAUUAACAAAUGUUGCAUGUUAUCAUGCUGAAUUGAAGGGGGAAAGAGAAACCAUGGAGGACUAUUACGUACUCGAAUCUUGUUUUGAUGUCGGACUGAUAAAUGUGUAAGUUAGAUAAUGUAAUUUGUUGAUGUGUUCUGUUUAGUUCCAAAUGUGCCGUCUUUGCGCUCUUUGAUGGUCAUGCCGGGUCGAGAUGCGCUGAAUUCUGUUCCAAAAACAUAGUUAAGACAUUGGAAAAACAUGUGAAAAACGGUAUUAAACGGAUAGCUGUUGGCUGAGUUAUUCUGAAUUAAAUUUACGUUUAAAUGAUUCAGCCGGGAAGACAGUUGAAGCGCUUCAAAAGAACAUCCGGAAGAUAUUCACCGACACUUUCAAGCAAUUGGAUGAUGAAUUUUUGAGUUUGGCUAGGAAAAGGUGUGCAAAGUAAUAUUUUAUUCUGCGUAUCAUACUUUAUUUAAAUGUCGUGCCAUUACAGUACUCCAAAACUGAAGGAUGGAUGCACAGCUACUGUUCUGCUAUUUUUGGAUGAUGUUGUUUAUUGUGCCAAUGUCGGAGACAGCAAAGCAAUAGUUGGAAGGAAGAAGGAAGACAAAGUGGUAUCCCUUUCGCUUACAGAAGAGCACACGGCCAUUGUUUUUGAAGAACGGCAGAGGAUUCAGAAGGCUGGAGGAUUUGUAAAGUGAGCCGAAAUUUUUAUAGUCAAAUUUGCAGAGAUGGACGUGUUAUGGGAAUAUCCGAGCUAUCUCGGGCCAUCGGAGAUGACCCUUUAAAGAAGAGCGGAGUCAUUUCAACCCCUUCUAUAAAGAAAGUGACUCUUACGGAGAAUGAUCAGUAAGUUAUCCGAAUAAAUGAGCUUAUUUAAAGGUUUGUGAUAGUGGCAUGUGAUGGAUUAUGGAAAGCAUUUACGGAGACAGAAGUUAUCAAUAAAGUAUUGUCUACUGUCAAUGAGAUUACGACGAAUUCAGACGAUGCAGCGAUGAUUUACUCUAAAGCUGCAUCCAUUCUCGCCUCUGCCGCAGUGUUGAAAGGCUGCGGCGACAAUGUUACAGUAUUGUUAUUACCUGUUCAUAAUAAACAAUAA